CUUGACACAAUACAUCUGUGGGUGCAGUAAGGAGAGAGAGAGAGUUCUGAACUUAUGUAAGAAGGAGUGGAGGUAAGAUAAGAAUGCGAAGCUGGGUUGGAAAAUAUAAACCAAAACAAGAGAGAAAAUACAUUGCCUGUAGUGAGGGAAGAGAAAGGAACGGGGGAAGGAGAAGCAGAAGGAAUGCUUGUACAGAGACAAGUAGAGACUGAAAAGCUGAGAAGAGUUGCCAAACAGGAUACUACUGAAUUCCGUUCAAAAUGGAAAAUAUGGAGCUGCCACCUCGACCAAAACUCGUUGACUUCCAUGGAGUCUCCAUGAUCCACUAUUUCACUGACAACUGGGAGAACAUACAAAACUUCCAGGCCAGGCCAGAUGAUAUCCUCAUUGCCACUUACCCCAAAGCAGGUACCACAUGGGUCUCCUACAUUCUAGACCUGCUGUAUUUUGGUCAGACAGCCCCUGAGCGUCAGAUGUCACUGCCUAUCUAUGAGAGGGUGCCUUUCCUGGAGAGUGACUUCCAUAUUCUCCCUCCAGGAACUGAGCUGGCAGACAAGUUAUCCACCUCUCCUCGCCUCAUCAAGACUCACCUCCCAGUCCAGUUGGUGCCCAAGUCCUUCUGGGAGCAGAACUGCAGGGUAGUGUAUGUGGCCCGUAAUGCCAAGGACAAUGCAGUGUCUUAUUUCCACUUUGACCGUAUGAACCAGGCACAGCCAGAGCCAUGAGACUGGAACAACUUCUUACAGAGAUUCAUGGAUGGAAAGAUGGUGUUUGGUCCAUGGUACGACCAUGUAACUGGCUGGUGGGAGAGGAAACAGACUCACUCAAAACUCCACUACGUUUUCUAUGAGGAUAUGGUGGAGGAUACGGGUAGAGAGCUGGACAGGCUGUGCUCCUUCCUAGGUUUGUCUCCUUCAGCAGAGGAAAAGGAGAGGGUGAGAGGAGGAGUGCAGUUUGAUAAUAUGAAGAAGAACAGCAUGGCCAACUAUUCCACCGUUCCAAUCAUGGAUUUCAAGAUCUCGCCAUUCAUGCGAAAAGGAAAGGUUGGUGACUGGAAGAACCAUUUCACUGUAGCCCAGAGUGAACAGUUUGAUGAAGACUAUAAGAAGAAGAUGAAGAACACCACCGUACAGUUCCGCACUGUAGUCUAGGGGUUGUGGUCAAGUUGAUUGUCUGAUUGUUUGUGGUCAGGUUGAUUGAUUGUUUAUUUGGCGCACAUAGACCUACGAUAGGCUUGGCUGGGGUGUCAGUCUUCCAUUGGUCCACAGUUAACUGGGUUAUAGUGUUGAAAUAUACAGGGUGAGGAUCUUAUCGUAUCAUAUCCUGGAGUGUGAAUGAGAAAGAUCAUGAAGUGUCUUAUAAUAUCAUUUUUUGAGAAUGAUUGAGGCUACUUUGAGAUAUGAGCUAUAGGUUGAGAACUAAAAACAAAAGUAAAAUGAGGACAUGCUGCACAGAACAUUCUUAGCAAUGUGAGCUAUUUGUAAAUCCUCUUGCCUGGUCUGUUUUUCAGUGUCUGAGAAAAAAACAGUGAUAGUCGAUACAGUAAUAAAUAUGUAAAUGGAGAAGAGCAUUGUUAAGCAUCAAGCAUUGUUUUAUGCUGUUUCAAAAAUAUACAUACUUUGAAACUGUAACAAUUCCUACUCGUAUACUGUAUACCGUAUGACUAAACGUAAUACAUUGAUGUUUGUUUGAGUGUAAUUUUUUACAGGGAUAGUGCACAUUAGUUAACGUUUCAGUAAAAGUGCCGGUUUAGCCAGACGGCUAAUUUUCAACCUCAGUCCCUGAGCACGUUAUUAAAAACAAUUACAAUACAUACAAUCAAUGAGCAGUGAGCACACGCAGAGCAACAUAGGACAAGCAAGACGUAGCAUACAGACAGAGCAACAUGGCACAAAAAGCAACAAGACAAAAUCCAUAAAAGCAACAAAGUGUUUCCACACCUCACAAGCUACUGACAACAGACAAAAUGGAAAGCGGCAAUACACAGCUAGGGAUUAUGUUCACAAAUCUGAUUGACCUUUAGCCAUGUUUUUUGUGAAAGUGUGAUAGGUGAGAGUCGAUACAGUAAUAAAUAUGUACAUGGAGAAGAGCAUUAUUAAGCAUCGAGAAUUGUUUUAUUCUGUUUCAAAAAUAUACAUACUUUGAAACUGUAACAAUUCCUACUCGUAUACUGUAUACAGUAUGACUAAACGUAAUACAUUGAUGUUCAUGUACUUGUACUUAAAAUAUUAUGAAAUGUCUUUAUGACCCAAAGCGAUUAAAGAGCCAGUAAUUUGCACAUACACACACCCUCCACUUUUCACAGCUGUCUCGGCUGUAUGUUCACUAUGCCUGUGAAAAAUCUGACACUUGCACUGUAAAGAGGGGGGUGGGGCUGUUGUUCAUCUGAAGUGAUUCUACUGUCUGGAAUGAUAGAAAAUUACCCUUUGGUUCUUCCAACCUACUUUAUUCAAUUUGCCUGAAAUCAAAUAAUGUAUUUUUUAUUUAAUGAAAGUUUCUAAAUUGCUUCCAACUGUCACGAUUGUAAGAAUAACUGGACCAAAGUGCAGCGUGAUCUGGGUUCCACAUCUUUUUAUUUCUAAAUAAAACUCACAGAAAAACCAAAACAAUAAA